UUUCAUCAAUACGUAUUGGGAACACGAAGUGCAAAAAUAUAAAAAUGUCUGAAGUAACAACUGUCUCUAUGAAUGAUACGAAAAUUAAAAUCGAACCACUAGAAUUUUCUAUCGAAGACGUUAAAUGCGAAAUUAUGGAUGAAUUUGAUGAUCUUAAUGGUUUUGCCAAGUCUGAGUCUUGUUCUGAAGAUGAUGAAACUUGUUUAGAAAGAUUUAUGAAUUCUGAGGUAGAGAUUGAAGAAGAAAUCAAACAAGAGAUAAUUGAGACAUCAGCUCAUGAACUGCUUGUAUGCGAUAAAGUAUUCGCUACAAGCUUUCUAUUAAAUCAACAUGUAUGUGAUCACAUAGAAGAACCUUUGAACCUGAAUGAGUCUGAUAAUUCAAAACAAAUUCUACAUGCUUCUACUGAAAAGGACCCUUACAAAUGUGGAAUUUACGAUAAGGCAUUCACAACAUCGAGUGAAGUAUGCGAUAAAAAAUUUGCAAAAACAUAUGAUGGUUUGGAAAUGCAUAUGCGCAUUCAUACAGAAGAGCGCCCUCAUACAUGUGGAAUAUGUCAUAAGACAUUCACAGAAUUAAGAUAUCUGAAAGUACACAUGCGAAUUCAUUCUGGUGAAUUUGCUUAUGCAUGCAAAAUAUGUAACAAAGGAAUCCGUUCAUCAGCGAAAUUACAAGAACAUAUGCGCACGCAUGCUGGAGAACGCCCCUACAAAUGCGAAAUAUGCUAUAAGACAUUUGCAUACAUGAGAACUAUGAAAUCACACAUGUCUAUGCAUACUGGUGAAAGUCCUUACAAAUGUGAUAAAUGUGACAAAGCCUUUAUUAAUGCACAUAGUUUAAACCAACAUAUGCGCAUUCAUACUGGAGAACGCCCUUACAAAUGCAAACUUUGUGAUAAGUCAUUCCCUAUAUUUAUAAGUUUGAAACGACACUUUUUUGUUCAUACAGGGGAACGUCCUUUCAAAUGUAAUGAAUGUGGCCUAGACUUCAGGCAAGUGGGUACUUUGAAUCGACACAUACUCACUCAUAAUAAAGAGCAUUCUCAUAAAUGUAAAGAAUGCGACAAAGUCUUCAAAUAUUCAGGUUAUUUAAAACAACAUAUGCAUAUUCAUACUACUAAAGAGGAUCUUCAUAAAUGUGAUAAAUGUGGCAAAGCCUUCAGUCAAUUGAGAUAUUUAAGGCGACAUGUGUAUACUCACACUAGAGAGUAUCAUCAUAAAUGUGAAAUUUGUGCAAGAUCGUAUUCUAGUAAACGUAGUUUGAUUAAUCACAAAUGUGGAGAGAACAUAAGGGAACAGAAAUAAACCAAAAACUAUAAAGACAAUUGAUGUUUUGUGUUUAUAAAUAAUAUAUUGACCUAAAAUGAUUAAUUAAACCGCAUGUGCAAAAGCUGUCAAUAAAAUAAAAGAGAACUGUAA